AUGUGGAUUGGCAGCAUUGCUCAUAAUGGAACGUCCCCCUUCAAUACCGAUUCCUCAUAUACCGUCUAUCGCAAUGUUAUGGACUUUGGUUGCAAAGGUGAUGGCGUAACGGAUGACACUGCUUGUAUCAACAAAGCCAUUUCAACCGGCAGCCGGUGUGGGUCCAGCUGUGGUACCUCUACCACUGCUCCUGCUCUCGUCUACUUUCCUUCGGGAAAGUAUCUUGUUUCAACACCCAUCGUGAUGUACUACUACACACAGUUGGUGGGAAAUGCAUUGAAUCCCCCCACGCUCUUGAUGGCUCCCUCCUUCCAAGGCAUUGGACUCAUUGACUCAGAUCCUUACGGGGCUGGAGGCGUACAAUGGUAUCAGAACCAGAACAACUUUUUCCGACAAGUCAGAAACUUUGUCUUCGAUCUUACCCAGACUCCUGCAACCUCAUCAUCUACCGGUAUUCACUGGCAGGUGGCUCAAGCUACUUCUUUGACCAACUUGGUCUUCAAGAUGUCCAAAGCCACAAACACCAAUCAUCAAGGUGUCUGGAUGGAGAAUGGUUCAGGUGGUUUCAUGUCUGACCUUGUGUUUGAUGGUGGAAAGUUCGGUCUUUGGGUUGGUAACCAGCAGUUCACGUCGAGAAAUCUUACCAUUAGCAAUGCUCAAACCGCCAUUUAUAUGAACUGGAACUGGGCUUGGACCUUUAAGACUUUGAACAUCAACAACUGCAAUGUCGGUAUUGACAUGACUGCAGGUGGUCCCACUUCUCAAGGUGUUGGCAGUAUCACUGUCGUGGAUGCUAAAAUCAGCAAUACCCCAACAGGUGUUCUUUCUGAUACCUCUUCCACUUCUCAGACCAAGGCAUCUGGAUCUUUGAUUUUGGAUAAUGUUGUUUUGGAUAAUGUACACACUGCUGUUGGAAAUGGUACUAUGACCAGCUUGGCCGGAACUUCAGGCACCAUGACCAUUACUUCAUGGGGUCAAGGCUCUCUCUACACAAACACUAGCGGCUCCGGAACCUUCAACCAAAAGACCCUCCCAGUUCUCCCCAAGAAAAGUGCUAGUCUCUUGGCUUCAGAUGGAAGAUUCUUUGAACGCCCUAGGCCACAAUAUGAACAAUAUGCUGCUAGCGACUUCGUUUCUGUUAAGGCUUCUGGUGCCCGGGGUGAUGGUAAAACCGAUGAUACUGCCGUUAUUCAAAAAGUUUUAACAGAAUCCGCUGGCUGCAAGAUCGUCUAUUUCCCUGCCGGUGUGUACAUUAUCAGCAAGACUGUUAAUGUUCCCGCAGGAACAAGAAUUGUUGGUGAAGCCUGGUCGGUCUUGAUGGCCAAUGGAGCUGCUUUCUCCUCAGAAAUGAAGCCCACACCUAUGCUCAAGGUUGGAAAUACUGGUGAUAAAGGAGUUGCUGAAAUCUCCGACAUUAUCUUUGCCACCAAAGGUGCUCAACCUGGUGCUAUUCUUGUUCAAUGGAAUAUCCGCGAUCCUGCCGGUCAACCUGGUUCAACUGGAAUGUGGGAUACACAUUUCCGCAUUGGAGGUACUGCUGGAACAGAGCUUCAAGCUGCACAAUGCCCAGCCGGAGAAAGUGAAAAGGACGCUUGCAAGGCUGCCUACAUGUUACUUCAAUUGACAAAGUCAUCCUCCGCUUAUCUUGAGAAUGUUUGGGCCUGGACCGCUGAUCAUGACCUUGAUGGUGGCCCUCAAGUGAGUAUCUACACUGGACGUGGUAUCUCUGUAGAGUCUACUAAAGGCCCCGUUUGGAUGUAUGGUACCGCUUCAGAACACAACGUGCUAUACCAAUACCAAAUCGCUAAUGCAAAGAAUGUGUUGAUGGCCAUGAUCCAAACUGAGACUCCUUACUAUCAACCUGGACCUAAGGCACCUCAACCUUACACUCCAUCUAAGUCAUACAAUGAUCCUACAUUCUCCAACUGUGCUGCUGGUUCAGACAAUUGUGCCUUGGCCUGGGGUCUCCGAAUAAUCAAAUCGUCCGAUGUGUAUGUGUAUGGAACUGGUUUGUACAACUUUUACAGCAACUACAGUCAAACUUGCCUUGAUACCGAGGACUGCCAAGAUGCUAUGGUUGACUUGGAAUCCAAUAAGAAUGUCUAUCUCUACAACUUGAACACCAAGGCAGCAACCAAUAUGGUAACUAGCGGUGGAAAAUCCUUGGCUAAGCAAGCCGACAAUACCAACAAUUUCUGCCAAACUGUCAACGCUUUCCUGGUCGAGGCUAAGGCGUAA